AAAACCUUUUACUAUAAGAUCCACAUCAGAGUACUGAAGUAUCUCAUUAAGUGAGACUGACUGCAAGUAGAUCGUUCACGUCGCGUAAUUUUAAAAUUCGUGCUGUGAAAACGCUCGCUGUGAUUUUUAAAAUAGUAUUUUAUCUGAUAAAAAUUUGAACGAGAAAAUGUGCGUGGGUCAUAUACCAAGUGAGAAAACCAGUUAUGAACUGCCUUCAUCUACAACCACCACAACAAGCUUGAAGGAGCUUGCUUCUCUGAAGAAUGUUUGUCUGCUGUCUGAAAAAAAGGAUUCCCAUAAGGAAUACACCCAAGAUAUUUUGGCUGUGAUGACCUACUGGACCAAAGUGCUCGUCUUUAUGAUCAACGACUAUAUUAAGAGUUUCCAAAGUACAAAAGCAUAUAGAAUAAUCACAAGUACAACUCAACCAGCUCAUUUUGUAGUGACAAUAUCUGUCCUCUACUUAGCCUAUAUCUACCUGUCCAACAAGUCGACAGUGGCAACUAUAUCACCUGUAUGGACGCUGCUGUACUUAGGAUCAUUUAGUGCUCACUUUGGAGCUCAAAUCUGGAUGACAUUCAUAUCAGGACUGUCUCUCUAUUUUUCACUGCCAAGGCAUACUUUUGGAAGUGUUCAAAAAGUACUGUUCCCUAGAUACUUUCUACUUAACAGUAUGCUCAGCAUGGUCACUCUGGCUAUUUUUCUAAGAGUCAAAACCAAUGAAUUGAAGAAUUUGGAAAUAGGAGUUCAGGCGUUUGCAAUGUCCUUUUGCUUUCUCAUUGAGCUGCUCAUCUUCCUCUAUUUGGUCCCUCCACUCACUGCUCUCAUCUCUUCGAAAACUGCCAUCGAGAAGGAGGCAGGCACUGGAAUGGAAGUAGGACAAUUUGAAUUAGGAAAAUUACACAAGUGCCCUCAUUAUAUAAAGAUUUUGAAAGCUUUUAGAAAAGUACAUAUGACUGUGGCGAUAGGAAAUAUGUGUGCGUUAGGCUGUACAUCACUACACUUGUAUUAUCUAGCAUGUAAACUGUGUGCUUUAUCUAUAUAGACACUUUUAUUUAA